CCGACUCUCCGAGGAAGCCUUUUAGAACACCUUGUGGCGCGGCAGUGGAGUGCGCGGCGGCCAGUGUUUGGUUCCAACACCCGUGGUGGCAGGGCUGGAGUAAGGCGAAUCCAAUCCUCUGCAUGGUGGCAGGAUGGACCGCACUCAGUACUGCAUCUUGUGGAACAACUACCAUGGCUCACUGGUCAACACCCUCAGCUUGCUGCGGCGAGAAGGGGACCUGCUGGAUGUGACGCUGGUAUGCGGCGAUGGCAGUGAGGUGCUUGCCCAUCAGUUGGUGCUGGCAGCCUGCUCCUCAUACUUCAGAAACUUCCUCAAGAACAACCCCUCCAAGCACCCCAUUGUGCUGCUGCCAAUGGAAAUCCGCUAUGCUGAGCUGAAGGCAAUGGUGGAUUUCAUGUAUACUGGCCAGGUGUGUGUGAACCAGGAGCGGCUGCAGGCAUUCAUCAGGGGCGCCCGCUACCUGCGCAUCAAGGGGUUGGAGGACAACGGGGAGGACAGUGACCUGGAGGACCUUGGUCAGGAUCUGGAUGGGGAGAAGCCCUCAGUGGGUGGUGUUAGCAGUGGUGGUGCUGGUGGGGAUGCAACAGCCAACACCACCACAGUCAAGGGACGCCUGGUGAAAGACCACCGCUACACUCAGCAGGUUGAUCUUGGCGACUCAGAUGAAAACCGUGAGAAGUGGGAGGUGGUGGAGCGAAAGCCAGUCAUCCUUCCACGCUCCCAGCCACCACCCACCUCAGGUUCAGGUCUGCGGCGGCGGAGGCGGGCAAGGUCAUCCCUGAAGAAGCGAGCGAUGCACCUCAGCAACAACAUCGUCUGCUAUGAACAGCGAACGGACUGCUCAGAUGGCCACAAUGACCGCCAGGAGCCCAUCAACAAGAUCAGGAGGCUUGGGUCACCAGGUCACUUCCAUGACGAUGACCUGGACAUCUGCACAUGCACGUCUCGCAAGGUGUGGUCAGUGCGGGACACGGAGGCACUGCUCAAGGUGUGGCGGGAGACUCUCACACAGGUGCCUCCCUCAUACUUCAUCCGCUCCAUGGCCCUGUGCAAGCGUGUGGCUCGGCGGCUACAAGGGCGAGGCAUCCAGAAGAGCUGGCGCCAGUGUCAGGUGAAGAUGAAGAACUUGCGACGAGAGGUGAGGCUGUACAAGGAGUCCCUGGGGCGUGGCAGCUCACGCAAGCCUUCUGAAGUAGCCACCGCCUGUGAGAAACUCCUGCCAGACAUUGAAGACAUUUUCAAUAAGGAGGAAGGAAUCCGACAAGAGUGGUACAAGAUGCGGGCAGAGGAGCGGCUGAAGGCUGAGGGUCGCCUGGUGGAUGGGGAGGCAGCGCCGGGCGACAUCUUGGCUCAGGUGGCAGUGCUGGCUGACUCAGACCUGUGUGAUGAGGACACAGAUGCUCAGGAGUGUGUGGGAGGUGAUGGGAUGGAGACAGAGGGUGAUGGUGGAGCCUUCACAGAGGGUGAGGGCUUUACUGAGGGAGAGGGAGGCUUUGUAGAAGGUGAAGUGGUGGAUGGUGGAGUACAUGGGGCAGAGGACACUGCUGUCCAUCACAUAGUGGAGCAUGUGGCCCUCCCAGUGGUGACCAAGCAAGAGCCUCACUCUGGGACCGAGAUGUAAGUCAUUGUGACACUCCUCAACAUAACUACUGGUUGUGUUGUGUUGUGUCCUGUGUGCAGCCUACAGCCCUGCAUGCAGUCUGCACUCUUAUGUGUAGGUUAUAACCCUGAGACCUGAGACUGUCUGUUAUCUUACAAAUUGACAAUAUGUCAUGUUCCUGCUUCAGGCUUUUGUGGAGCAAAUGUGUCCUAGUAAGAUGAGUUUGUGAGUUAAAUUAUUAAAAAAAAUAAUGUUAUGUAUUGUGUUUUGCUGUGGAAAGAAAUGGUUCCUGAAAUAUGAAGGUGUGGGCUUGUGUUCUUGCCUUCCAUGCUGUGUACACUUCACAACAACAAUCCUUUGAAGUCAAAUCUGUUAAAUUGUUUCAGGCUGUGAAGCAGAAAUAUGUGCUCUGUAUUUUUUACAUAAAAAAAUAUCAUUAAA